GGGAUGGGCCAUGCAAAGGCCUGAGCAUAUAAAUAGAGGCCAAGAACUUGGGUUUAUUUUAUGAUAAAAAAAUGGGUAUUUGGCAUUUGGGUUCCAUUUCGGUUGUCCCAGUCCCACUGCAAAUGUGCUGAUUCCAUGAAUAACAACCGAAGAACAAUGGUGGUUCUUUAGAUUCAGAUCGGAUCUUGCUGCAAGUUUCUAUUUGUUCGCUUGAGUUUGGUGGAUUUCUUAACAGUAACGACGUGAAAAAAAAAUUGUUGCCCAUACUAGGGUUUUAGGGUUUUUGCAUCUUGGGUUUGGUUUAUGGGAUGACGAAUUUAUGGUGAAAGGUUGGUGAAUGGGGAUUCAAACAAUGGGGUCUCAAGGUGGUGGUGGUGCUGGACAACAAUCCCAGUCCCAGCCGUUGGCUCGGCAAAGCUCGUUGUAUAGCCUAACACUUGAUGAAGUUCAGAACCAAUUGGGGGAUUUGGGGAAACCACUGAGCAGUAUGAAUCUCGAUGAGCUUCUUAAGAAUGUCUGGACGGCCGAAGCAAACCAGGGGAUGGGGAUAGAUGUGGAGGGUUCUGCCUCAGUCAGCCAACUUGCUUCUGCAUCUGCUCUACAACGUCAGGCAAGCCUGACAUUGACGAGGGCUCUGAGCAAGAAGACAGUAGAUGAGGUAUGGAGAGAUAUCCAACAAGGGCAGAAGAAGAAUAAUGAAGAACAAAAAGCUCAGGAAAGACAGCCUACUCUUGGUGAGAUGACAUUAGAAGACUUCUUGGUUAAAGCAGGGGUUGUUGCUGAAGCUUCAGAUAAGCAAAAUGCAGGUGCUGUUAUGGGAGUUGACCCAGGUGCAGCUCCCCCACAAAGUUUCCCACAGCAAGCUCAGUGGUUGCAGUACCCACUCCCUCCAAUGCAACAGCAGCAGCAGCAACAACAACAGCCUCAACAUCCGCCGCAAAAUAUGAUGGGGGUUUACAUGCCAGGCCAUCCGGUUCCACAGCCACUUCCCAUUGGUGCAAUCCCUGUUCUGGAUACAGGAUACCCUGACAAUCAAUUAGCUAUGCCAUCCCCCUUGAUGGGGACACUGUCAGAUACACAGACACCUGGAAGGAAACGGGUUGCUCCUGGAGAUGUGAUUGAGAAAACUGUUGAGAGGAGGCAGAAGAGAAUGAUCAAGAACAGGGAGUCUGCAGCCCGGUCACGAGCUAGGAAGCAGGCAUACACCAAUGAGCUUGAGAACAAGGUUUCACGUCUAGAAGAGGAGAAUGAAAGGCUUAAAAAACAGAAGGAACUGGAAAAGAUAUUGCCAUGUGCACCACCUCCUGAACCAAAGUAUCAGCUUCGAAGAACGAGCUCAGCACCUUUCUGAUGUGUUUAUAUGGAAGUUUUGUAGAGUUGCAUGGGUGGUUUUCAUCAAUUAAGAUGCUGGGUAACUUCUAUGUCUCAAUCUCUCAAAAUGAUGUUGUAAGCCGGUCGAGUGCCUUGGAAGUUUUCUCCCCAGAGCUACUUGUUGCUUCUGCUGCCUGCUCUUACUGUUGGUUUCUCCCACCCUAGGCCAUUGGCUGUAUGUACAUUUAUGUUCACCUGUUUUGGUAUUUAAAAAGCACCCUAGUUUUGCAUGUUGAAUAUUUAAAUUCUCUUAAAAAUCAUAAUCAUGAUUCUAUCAGUUUCAGCCAUGGGCUCUAUUUGGGUGAAGUUGCCUGUGAAUCUUAAUGUCUGUCUAAUCACUCUAUCCUGACAUGUUUGUGUUAACCCAGUUAAUGUUUAAAUCAAGCAUUUAGUGAUCAUCAUGGCACUGUUCGAGUUAUUCGCGAUAAUAGUUAAGGUCAUUACAUGAAGAAUAGCUCGCUGUUCCCAGAAAUUUCUUGUUGGACAUGCUACGGAUGAUGAAGAUCCGUCUCUAUGAUUCAUACUGGAUUUAAAGCCCGUUUGCGUGUUAAAUUUCUAAGCUGCCAUGUAGAUGACUGAACUAUUGUGUCUACAGAUUUCUGGGUAAAAAGCAGUAUGAGCAUGUGCUCUGUGAUAGCCAUGACCCAUUAACAGAUGCUUCACCAUGUGACUGCCACUAGCAUCCGGAAUUUCGAAAGUCAUUCAUUUAUUUGUUCAUUGUCUUCUCUGGGUCAAUCUUCCGGAACUCAACUCUGAUCGAAUUCUUGAUAGAAAAGCAUGCCAGCAUUAUGUGCCUUGCUUCAAUUGUUGCAGAAAAAGGAACCCUUUCUCGAAGUGAACCGAUUCUCCAGAUGCCCCAAAUCCCUCGACACCUUUGCUGGAAUUCCAUCGCCUGUGACAAGAGUGGCACCUCGCAGUUGAGAUUUGCUGCUCGCACUGCUGUAAGCAGCUACAUAACCAAUCACGAGUGAAUGCGCCAGUGUUCCAUAUACAUGAAAUCCACGCUCAAGUGAUAUCGGGAUUUGGCAUCGGUGCUGUGCAUGUCUGAGUUAUAGGCACCAUUUUCUCGUUAUUUUUUGUUUGGAAGCAGUGCUGCCACAUAUGCUGUUUUCUGGGAAAAUUUAAUUGGUUUUGUUUGGUAUCAAUGCUAUAGAACCGUUUUCAGCAUUUGUCAUAUUA